AUGUCAAAUUUUAUUGAAGAAAAAGUUAGGUUCUCCGAUCACAAAUUAACCAUAGAUAAUGAUAUUCGACUCAAUUCCCUCACAAAUAUCAAUAGACCACAAGUCUGGGCAAUGACGCGUCAAGAAUUAUGCGAAACAGUUCCUUACUUUAGAUCAUGGCAUGGGGGUGUUUAUAAUAAGAAUGGCGUAGUUUGGGGAUACUUAUUAGAUGGCUUUGGUGCCUUACGUGACGUUUGUAAUGGACGUGUAAUAAUUUCACAUGGGGGUGGGAAAAGCUAUAAACGUAACGACGGAAAUUUCGGUCUUGUCGCGUCACAAAUGUUGACAGAUGUAUCCGUGCGAUCUUUAUUAAAGAAUUAUUUGAAUAAGCAACCAUUAGCAUUAAUUGUGGGAAACAAAAAGCAUGCUAAAUUUAGAAUUCCGGCGCGUUAUUGUGUUCUUGGAUUAUAUCUAAUUACUCAUGUUUGGCCAGAAUAUGAAUAUUAUAGUGUACCGAUGGAUGAAGGAAAUAUUACGGAUGAGGAAUGUAUUAUCGAUGCAAAUUUGCCUAAUAAUCAUAAUAAUUCGAGUCGAGAAAAUGGAAAAACAAGUUUUAUUCGUUGGAAAUUUCGAUUUGAAUGGGUUCCAAAUCAAGAAUUCCUACCUUGGUGGGAAUCUCCCUGCGAAAAUUUGAUCAAUUCCACAAUCUUAAUGAGUGAACUGAUAUCAAUUGUUUGUCCUGAAUGCGGACUUCCGUCAAAUAAAAUAUAUGCGAAUUCAUGGAUUUGUCUAAAUCACAAUUGUAAACAUUUUUGGCAGUCUUUAUCUGACGAUUUCAUAUGGGAAGAUGUGCCAGAAAACUUGGAUUACGUGAAAUCAUUUUUAAGCCCAGGAUUAAUAGAUAUGAAUCAAAUAAUUCGAAUUCCUUUUUCGAUAUUACCAGCUCAACCACCAAAUGAUUCGGAUAAUCUCAUUGGACUAUCAUUCAGCUCACAACAUUGGAAAGGUUAUCACUGUCUUCGUUGUGGACGUAUUUCUUGCCGAUCUAGUUGGAAAGAAUGGGUUUGUGCUAAUUAUCUUCCGUUACUUAUCGGUCCGGCUAAAGAUUAUGAUACAUGUAUAAAGAGUGGUAGCCAAAUUACUGUAUCUCGCAAUGUAGCUCCUGAUGGUGCAAUUAUAUGUCGAUACGAUUUUCCUGAAGGAGGAUAUAUAAUUCAUAGGCUUGGAAACUUUUCUCUAAAUGCAGUAUCAGAUGAGUUAUUUAGAAUUUUACAAAAUAGAGAUAUACCUUUUAAGAGGAACAUUGUAAAAAGUGGUAGUUUGAGAGUUGGAUCAGAAUUACUUUCUCGUAAUUUCACUAUGAAUAUUGGAACAAAUUAUAAAUUCUCGUUAGCGGUAGAUACCUUACAAUUUAAUCAAUGCCCAGAAGUUUUAUAUAGCACAUUUCUUUAUCUUACUGAAAUGUGUUCACAACUUGUUCCUGGGGCUCAAUUUAAUGAGAUGUUGGCAGUGGCAUAUUUGAAAAAUCAAAAAGUUAUUAUAUUAGUCAUAUUAGAAAAGAUUGAUUUACUUAUUAUAAUAGAUGACGGCGAGAAAGGUGUUGCUCCGAUAAUUGGCAAUUUAUCGCUUGGAUCUUCGGCAAUGAUUAUGUUCCGUAAAAAGAAAACAAAAGCUUCAAAUUCGAUUACAGAAGAAAAAAUUUUUUUUUCAAAUUCUCAAGUUACUAUGAAUACAGAAAAGAAAAGAAAAACCUCAAAUUCUCAAGUCAAUAAAAAUAUAAUUGUAAAAGAUUGCAGUUUAUCGUUAAGAAAUCGUCGAUAUCUAAAAACUACUCUUGAUCAAUCUGAGGAUAUCAUUGAUAUCGCCGUUACUGAGAAAAAUGAGAAACUGCGCGCUCGCAAAAAAAAAGCUUCUUGCUCUCGUAAAAAAACUGGUUUUAUAAAUUCAACCCCACAAGCAGAUUCAAAUGCAUCUAACACAUUAUCAUCAUCUGCUUCAGAAAAAUUAAAUUCUCGUGAAACAAAUGUCGUUAAACUUCCUUUACCACCAGUUAAUUCUACUGAAACUAUUAAUCAAGAAACAUUUUCAGAGUUUCCAUCUAAUACUCUGGCACCAAUAGACACAUUUAACACCAAAAAAAAUUCUCCUUUACCACCAAUUUCAACUUUGGGAUUCGAUCUAGGAGAUUCGAAUACGAAAAAAAUUCCAAAUACUACCACUCCAUUGAUAAUCAAUUCAAAUUCAGCACCGUAUAGAGGUCUACCGGUUGAUCAUAUGAAACUAGACUUGAACUUUCGUGGAAAUGGACCAGAUCUUGUCUUGAAAUUAAAUCAUGGAGACAUUUUAUUGAUGGUCGGAAAAAAUAUUCAAACAUAUUAUGAACAUGCUGUAAAUCCCGAAGGGUUCCGUAUAGCAGCUACAAUACGUCACAUUUCUGAAGAGUAA